AUGUCUGAGGCCGAGACACAUUAUGAUUUCAUUGUCGUGGGGAGUGGCCCAGCGGGAUGCGCUACGGCGAGCGGUCUGUCCCGCUCACCUAAAAAGCCAUCUGUACUCCUCAUUGAGGCUGGAGAUGACCAUACACAAGCCCAUCUCCGUGUCGAUGGGCAGCGAUGGACUACAUUCACCCAGCAAUCUAUGAACACGGGUUAUCAGACAGCCCCGCAGCCCAAUUGCAACAACCGAGUCAUAGCCUAUGACCGUGGGCGUGGUUUAGGAGGUUCAAGUACGAUAAACUUUGGAGUGUGGACUACGGGGCCUCGGGAUGACUUUGAUGAAUGGGCUAGGCUGGUUAACGAUCCUGCCUUUGCCUGGGAUAGCAUGCAGAGCCGAUUCAAGAUGUUAGAGACAUUCCAUUUCGAAGUUCCGACUGGAACGGAUCCAUCUAGUGUAUCACCCAAGACAAACGACCAUGGAUCUGCAGGGCCACUUCACGUUGGUUACGCCUCAGAAUGGGAAAGGGAUAUCCAACCCCUACUGCAGACAUUUCGGAAUAUGGGAGGUCUUCGCUCCGUGGCUGCAGAUCUGCUGCAGCCCAAGCCAGAUAAUUUAACCAUCGUCACGGGAUCAGCCGUCCAACGGGUACUUCUUGACGGGAAAAGGGCAGUCGGUAUUGACUCAAAUGGGAAACAUUACUUUGCCACUCACGAAGUCAUUCUUUGUGCUGGCGCCCUAGACUCUCCCAAAAUACUCCUGCAUUCUGGUAUUGGGCCCGCGGAUCAGCUUUCCAGGUAUGACAUCCCGGUGGUUCACGAUGUCCCGGCUGUCGGGCAGGGUCUUCGCGACCACGCAUUUUUGAAUUUGGUCGUUCGGCGAAACGAGUCGGAUAAUGACCGCCGCUCCUUUUAUGGCAGCCAAGAAGCAAUGGAUGCCGCUCAGGAGCAAUGGAAUCAAGACAGAACGGGCCCAUGGUCUGUCUUCGGAUGUGAGAACCUGAUUGGCUUUUUUAAGUCAGACUCUGUCAGCUCGUCUAUGGAGUUCCAAAAUCUGCCUCCCUCGCAGAAAGAAUUUCUUCUCCGGGAAACUGUCCCGCACUAUGAACUCCUGACUCACUUCCCAAUUCACUACUUCAUACCAGGAUUUGCGCCAGAAAACCUCAAUUACGAGACUCUUUUGAUAUUUCUACUAAAUGAGCAAAGUCGUGGGGAGGUGACGUUGCAGUCAGCUGACCCUAACGUGCCACUCAAAUUUGAUCCCAAUUUUCUUUCUCAUCCCUUCGACCAACGAGUGUGCAUUGAGGCACUACGGGCUGGCAUGGCGGUCAUUAGAAACCCGUUAUUUGCCAAGGGUAGCGAAGCUGACAUCGUUGUCCCGAAAGUGGCUACCUCCGAUCAUGGUUUGCUCCAAUUUUGGAGAGAAAACAUGACCUCGUCUUGGCAUAUGGUUGGCACUGCGAAGAUGGGGCGGCUUGGCGACAGAGAUGCUGUGGUCGAUGCCAACUUCAAGGUUUUGGGUCUUUCAUCUUUAAGAGUAGCAGAUAACAGUGUGCUACCGAUUCUGCCAAAUGCUCAUACUCAGAGCUCGGCCUAUGUUACUGGAAUGACGUGCGCGGAGAAGUUGAUAGCGGAGUACCAAUUGGAUCAACUGUACCUAUAA